AUGCCUGAAGACCUCACCCGCCUGUCAGCAACCCAAGUCCUCCAUCGCCUCCGACAGGGCCAUCUCACCGUCGAAGCGUACGCCCGCGCUCUGCUGGCGCGCAUCCGCACUCGAAACCCCGUCGUCCAGGCGUGGUCAUACCUCGACCCAGAAUUGGUGAUCGCCCAGGCCAGGAAGCUCGAUCAGACUCCUCUGGAGAAGAGGGGGCCUCUGCAUGGGGUCGCCAUCGGCAUUAAGGAUGUCGCUCUUACCCAGGACAUGCCCACUCGCUACAACUCCGACAUCUACCGCGAUUCUACCCAGUCAGCUGUCGACGCUGCCACCGUCACCGUCCUCCGUGCGGCUGGCGCGCUUAUCCUGGGGAAGACAGCGACGACGGAGUUCGCUGCCACGACUGUUGGCGGGCCGUGUAGGAAUCCUCAUCAUCCUGAGCACACGCCUGGUGGCUCAUCGUCUGGCUCUGCUGCCGCCGUGGCUGACUUCCAGGUGCCGCUCGCCCUGGGGACCCAGACCGGUGGGAGUACCAUCAGGCCUGCGUCAUAUAAUGGAAUCUACGGCUUUAAGCCAACCUGGGGCGCCAUCUCUCGCGAAGGCCUGUGCCAGUUUUCCAUCACCUGCGACACGCCCGGCUUCUUUGCGCGCACUGUCGAGGACCUCGAUCUGCUGGCGGACGUGUUCCAGCUAGCCGACGACGAGCCUCUUCCAGAGUCACCAUUCACGGUCAAUGGCGCCCGAAUCGCGUUUGCUAGGACGCAUCUGUGGCCGGACAUCGCGGGACCAGGACUGCAGGCUGCGUGGGAGAAAGCGAAAUCGCUCCUGACGCAGCGCGGUGCCACAGUCGAAGAGGUCGAUCUCCCAGGUGAGUUCGAGAAACUGACGCAGUGGCAUGCGAACGUGACGGCGGGUGAAGCACGGUCUGCUUUUCUUGGUCACUACCUCCUCUCCAAGGACAAACUGCACCCAUCCCUGAUCAGCCACGUAGAGAACGAGCGGCGCCUGAGCAACAAGGAGUUCCUGGAAAGCCUAGACGGCUGCGCCCGUCUGCGCCCCGUCUGGGACGAGUUCGCGAGCCAGUACGACGUGGUCAUUGCGCCGAGCAUGACAGACGAAGCGCCUCACGGGCUGGAGUUUACGGGUGAUCAGAAAGCUGCAGCCAUGACACAACAGAAGUGUCCAGGCGGGCGGACUGAUUCUGUGAGAUAG